AUGGCACCUUUCCGAUUUCAAGUAUUAAACAUGUUCAGGAUGCCGUGGAAAGGCCUUCGAGUCAUCCUCGAGUUACCCGGCUCGCCAUCUCUUCUAUAUACAGCCGAGACAACGGAGGAUUUCAUCGAGAGCUGGUAUCCCAUCAUAUCCGAGUUACAAGAUCCUUCUCCGUACGGUGAAUUGGUCGAUAUCAAGCCCAACCAAACGUACCGGGUCACCGUCCAUAUUUAUCCGUGGUACCAGUGUCGAUGGCCUCAAGUAUCUUUUGAUACCCGAGGAGAAUCUCAGAUCACCACACUGUGCGUCAGCCCAUACGGUUAUAACGUCUCCGUUAAACGCGUGCCUUUGCCUUUAUCUGCCAUGGAUUGUUUUCUUCAUUCGGAGUCAAUGGUUGGAGAUGUAAGAGAUGAUCAUAUGGAUGAGAUGAUGAUGAUGGAUUUAUCAGGUUAG